AUCUAAUUCUAUUUUUUUUUAUUCGCUGUUCAAUAAAAUUGGCAUUUCUAAAACCCUAGCCUAAAACCUUCCUUCCCCCUCUCAUCACCAACACCUAAACCCAAAAACAGUCAUGGAAGCUCAGACAGUGAAAUCAAACCUAGUUCUCAUAUUGGACUACGGUUCACAGUACACCCACCUCAUCACUCGUCGAAUCCGGAGCCUCUCCGUCUUCUCUCUCUGCAUCUCCGGCACGUCCUCCCUAAAAUCCAUUUCCGAUCUGAACCCAAGCGUCAUCAUCCUUUCCGGUGGCCCCCACUCGGUCCACGCGCCCAACGCUCCGACCUUCCCCGACGGGUUCAUAGAAUACGUCGAGUCCAACGGAGUGUUCGUGCUGGGCAUAUGCUACGGGUUGCAGCUGAUUGUGCAGAGUUUGGGUGGGGAGGUUAGGGUUGGGGAGAAACAGGAGUAUGGGAGGAUGGAGAUUGAGGUCGAGAAGGCUUGUGGGUUGUUUGGGUCCAAAAGGGCUGGGGAUAGGCAGGUUGUGUGGAUGAGUCACGGAGACGAGGCGGUGAAACUGCCGGAUGGGUUUGAAGUGGUGGCGCGGAGCCACCAGGGGUUGGUGGCCGCGGUGGAGAAUCCAUCCAAGCGGUUUUAUGGGCUUCAGUAUCACCCUGAGGUUACACAUUCACCAGAGGGGAUGGAAACUCUGUGUUAUUUUCUAUUUGAUGUUUGCGGAGUUACUGCAGACUGGAAGAUGGAAGACAUAAUGGAAGAAGAAAUAAAAGUUAUCAAAGGUAUGGUGGGGCCAGAAGAUCAUGUAAUUUGUGCAUUAUCUGGGGGUGUGGAUUCCACAGUUGCAGCCACUCUUGUUUAUAAAGCGAUUGGAGACCGGCUUCAUUGUGUUUUUGUCGAUAAUGGUUUAUUGAGGUACAAGGAAAGAGAGCGUGUGAUGGAAACCUUUGAAAAGGAUCUUCAUUUACCUGUUAGUUGUGUUGAUGCAACAGAGCAAUUUCUUAGCAAGUUGAAAGGCGUGGAAGAUCCUGAGAUGAAGAGGAAAAUAAUUGGAAAGGAAUUUAUUUGCAUCUUUGAUGUUUUUGCUCAAGAUUUGGAGCAUAAAGUAGGAAAGAAACCUGUUUACUUGGUCCAAGGAACCUUAUAUCCAGAUGUGAUUGAAUCUUGUCCACCACCUGGAACUGGAAGAACCCACUCCCACACUAUCAAGAGCCAUCAUAACGUCGGAGGACUUCCCAAGGACAUGAAAUUGAAACUCAUUGAACCACUCAAACUUUUAUUUAAGGAUGAGGUUCGAGCAUUAGGUAAGAUAUUGGACGUUCCUGAGUCGUUUCUGAAGCGCCAUCCAUUUCCUGGGCCUGGCCUUGCAGUACGUAUUUCGGGUGAUGUCACGGUAGGAAAUGCGUUGGAUAUCCUUCGCCAGGCGGAUGAAAUUUUCAUUCAGUCAAUCAAGGAUGCUGGAAUUUAUGAUUCUAUUUGGCAAGCUUUUGUAGUGCUUCUGGCAGAUAGAUCAGUUGGGGUUCAAGGAGAUCAAAGAACACAUUCACGUCCUGUUGCACUUAGAGCUGUUACAAGUCAAGAUGGAAUGACUGCAGACUGGUACAAGUUCGAACACAAGUUCCUUGAUGAUGUGGUUAGAAAGAUAUGCAAUAGUGUUCGGGGUGUAAACCGAGUUCUUCUAGACAUUACGUCAAAGCCUCCAUCAACAAUUGAGUGGGAAUGAGACCAUGUUAAUGGCUCUGGCGUAGUGGAAAAUGAGUAAGGAUUUUUUUGGUGUUAUAUGGUCAAUUUCAUCUUCCUACAUGUGCUAGGAACUUAAAUGUUUUGGACUCUUAACAUUUGGAUUUAUAUUUUAACAUGGUAUAAGAUUAAAACAUAUUUGUGCAAAAGGAAAGAAGAUAAUAAUAUAUACUUUAAUAAAAGAAGAAAUGACAGUACCCUUAGACAGUACUUAAAAUCUACGCGAGCAAAAGUCAUAACCAUGACAAGUAUAUUCAUGGUGACGUGUCUUCGUGUUUUAAUGCAUGUCUUCUUGAUUAUUAUCUUAAAUUUGUCCCUCAGACUGAGGGGUUUUGAAUCUCUGAGUUAGGUGCCCAGCUGCUUGAAUUCGGCCGUCUAUAGUUAGGCGACUAAAUCCAGAAUGCCUGUUCUGUUUUGGCCAAGUUAGGUACCUAAGGCAACCACUUAUGCGACUAAGUCAUUUAAAAUCGUGAAUUUGAAUUCUUUUAAGGUCAAAAUGACUUCUAACUUUCCAAUGACAAUUAUACCCUUGUGAUGUGAAUCAACUAAGUUCAGUGGGUAAGUCAUUGAGUGUAGGGACCUUUAAAUGAUAUGUGCCAUUUGCUUUGAGGGUCCUAAAGUCUUACAAGUUUAUGCGUAGAGCUAUCAUGCAAAAUGCUUCAAGAAUUACUUUACAUCAAAAUCUCUCUCUCACCAAAAGUAUAUACUACUCAUAAUCUUGAUCUUUGACUUUGGGCCUAUUUGGAAUGGCUUUUAGAGAGAGGCUUUUGACCUUUGGGUCUCAAAGGCCAUUUUUCAGACUGGAUUGCAAAAGCAAAAGAGCUUCGAGCUCUGGUAGGUACCAGCUUCCUCAAAACUGUCUUCCAUAUAAAACAUGGGAAGCUGUUUUAUAUUUAAUGAAAGUUUUCAUAAUUUCUAUAAUACCCCCUUUUUGUCCGACCUAAUAUUAAAUGAUUCAACCUCAGUAUUUGGUUUCCUAAGCAACCGCACUAAGCAAAAAUACCCUGGUUCCCUUUCCUUGCUGAGAGACUUCCGCUCCACCUCUGGUAAGAAGGCGUCGACAUCGACGUCAACAAUGCUAGCGAUGGCAGAGGUGACGGGAGGGAGAUGAUUCAAGGGUAGAUGACGACGACGAUGCCCAGUGGCGAUGAUGAAGACAACCAUGGCGAUCAUCAGAGGGCUACAGGAAGUCUGGAUAGCCGUGUUGGUAAGGAUGAUUGAGAAAGGAGAAGGCUGAGAACGAAAACGUGACUUAAUCAUCUCAAGAGUGCACCAUUUGAUGGUGGAAUUGAGGUUUUGGUAAUGGGGAUGUGUUAUGGGGUUUGGAUGUUUAGUGUUCUAGUUUACUUUUGACUAGUGUGGGUCUCAUUUUGUCCAUUAGGUGUUUGAUAAAAAGUCAAACUGGUUUUUGUUUUUUUACUACUGUUUGUGCAUAGUUUUUGCAUUUGUUAGAGUUUUGGACAUGGAUUUGAAGAAUAUUUUCAGGAUGGUAAUCAAAACAGCAGAAAAUAAGAGGAAAACAAUUGUUUCACUUGUA